ACUGCAGCUCCCAGGAUUCUUCGGGGGAAUUCCGGUGCUUUCAUGGCAUGGGGGGGGGCUACCAAAUAGCUACAUAUCAGGCGCGACUCAGCCGCUCCGGAGCGGCGCUGCGUUGCUUCUGCCGCCGCUCGCACGUCCACACGGCGCCAGAUUCCUGCCCAGGCCUCGUGCUUGCAGUUCGCUCCGCCUCUGGCUGGAGCCGGACUACAUUUCCCAGCCUUAGCGGGGCAGAUUCCCCCCCGGCCGCCCCUUCCUGCCUCGGCAAGCCGGCGCGGCCCGCCUCCCCCUUUGUUCCGCGCGCGGCGGGCCGGGCCGAGCCUCGCCUUCUCCCUCCCUCCCUCUUUCCAAUCCAGGCGCGAUGGCGGCUCCCGAAGCGCAGGUAACAUUUGAAGAUGUGGCCGUUUAUUUCUCUGCAGAGGAGUGGGGAGAACUAAUUCAGUGGCAAAAGGCACUUUACCGAGGUGUGAUGAUGGAAAACUAUGAGGCAAUCCUUUCUAUGGGCUACUUGUCCAUGAAACCAGAGAUCAUCAGCAGAAUUGAACGAGAUGAAGAGGAUCUGUGUGUCGGGGAGCUUUGGAAGCCACCCAAGUGGAGAGACCCUCCAAGUCACUGGCUGGCAGGAGAUGGGAUCAGGAUGGAAGACGAGGCAGAGCACAAAGGGGCCAUCCCUGCAGGGCGGACCACCGGCCAGCGCAAGCCAAGGAAAAAGGCCCAGUCUUCGGGAAUGGAGAAGCAAGUGACUUGGGCGGCAAGCCUGCCCACCAAGGAUGACGGCCUCCUGAAGGUGGCGCUGAAGAGGGAGUGCCCCGAGUGUGGCAAAAGCUUCCUGAGCAACGUGGCGAUGAUCAUCCACAUCCGGACGCACACAGGAGAGCGACCCUUCAAGUGCCACCUGUGCCCCAAGGGCUUCCCCUCCAAGGGGGACCUGAAGCGGCACAUCAGGACCCACCUGCGCAAGAAGAACCCACCUCCUCCCUCAGCGGACAAGAACGGGGCUUCCAAGCGCAAGAAAAGCCUUGCUGCCAAGCUCCAGCUGCUGGGCCAGCUGCAACCCUCUCCGGGCCCCAAGAAGCCCCACACCUGUGCCCAGUGCGGGAAGAGCUUCGGCAAGAAGCAGAGCCUGCGGAAGCACCAGGGGACCCACUCAACGGAGAGGCCCUUCUCCUGCCUGGAGUGCGGCCGCUGCUUCCGGCUCAAGCAGAUCCUGGUGGCCCACAUGAACUCACAUGUUACGGAGCGGCCCUUUGCCUGCAAGCAGUGUGGGAAAUGCUUCACCCAGGAGCGCAACGUCAGGAACCACCAGCGCGUGCACACGGGCGAGAAGCCCUUCUCGUGCGCUGCUUGUGGCAGGCGCUUUGCUUACAAGCAACACCUGCUCAAGCACCUUCGCCUCCACACCGGCGAGCGGCCCUUCAGCUGCAGGGAGUGCGGGAAGACCUUCCGGGAUAAGACGACGCUGACCAUCCACAACCGCCUGCACACCGGAGAACGCCCUUACCGCUGUCCCUUCUGCGGCAAGACCUGCAGGCAGAAGCAGCACCUGAACAGCCACCUGAAAGUCCACCGUGGGGAGAACCUUCCCCCUGGGGACAGCACGGGCCUCACCCUGCAGAAGGCGCGCGCCAAGGAGAAGCCCUACGCUUGUGCCAAGUGUGAGAAGCGGUUCCGGGACAAGAAGAUCAUGAUGGCUCACCUGGAGACCCACAACGAAGAGCCGUUGUUGAAAUGCAGCCCUCUGCAAUGCAGAGUGAGCCUGACCCAGGUGGAUGCAAAAUCCAUCGGCGGAGGAGGCACAAGCUGCAAACAGCCCAACUCUCUACGGAAAGCUGUCGCACCUGAAAAGGCGGCCUUUGUUUGUACUGAUUGCGGGAGGAGGUUCACGCAGAGGAAAUCUCUCUUGCUGCAUCAGAGGAGCCAUAAAUGAGAAGAGGAGCUAGGCCCCCUGGGGAUCCAGUCCUAGGCACCAUCUGCACCAUACGUUUAAAAGCAGUACGAUACCACUUUAAAAACAGUCAUGGCUUCCCCCAAAGAACCCUGGGAACUGUAGUUUGUUAAAGGUGCUGAGAGUUGUUGGGAGACCCUCUGUUCCCCUCGCUGAGCUAGAAUUCCCAGGAAUGCAUCUUAACUUUAGUAUACCAGAUUUUAUUUUCUUAAGUGUGUUUAUAUGUAAGUUAUAUAAUUUAACUUGUUUAUUUGUUUAUAUGUAAUUCUUCUGCCUUUCUGCAUUUAAAUAUUUGUAUGGCUGGUCAAUGACCACAAACAAUAAAGAUGAGAUGAGAAUUCCCAGUCAAUCCCACUUCCCAGAAGGGAAGCCUUGACUGUUUAAAGUGGUAUAUAGUGCUUUAAACGUACAGUGCAGAUAAGACCCUGGUGUCCUUUUGGAAGAAAACCUUGGAUGAAAAAUGUAUGUUUGGUUACUUAACUACAUGGGUCCAGCUUGAAGCCUUCCAACUGGGCAAGGAUCCUGUUGUCUUUACAUGAGCCAACCCCCCCUCCCCCCCAAUUGUGUUCUCAGAAGUUGUGUUCCAGCCCAUGGGCCUAAGUAAAACCACAGCCAUCUGAUGUCAGGCAUGUGGCAGGUAAAGACGUGGCUCCCUGCUGAAAGAAGGGUUUGCAGGCACGCCAGUCAGCUGAUCGUUGGUGUCUUCAAAGCCUUGUGCCAUUAAGAAUGUACGAUGCUCCUGGAUCAUUUCAACGGUCUGUCUAGUCCAGCAUCCUGUUCUCCCAGUGAUAACCAGACGCCUUUUCUGGGAAGCCCGCAAGCAGGACCUGGCCACAACAGCAACUCUCCCCUCCUGCGGUGUCCAGAAACUGGCAAUCAGAAGCAUACUGGAGGCAGGGCAUAGCUGUCGUGGCUAGUAGCCAUGGAUAGCCUUUUCCUCCAUGAAUGUCUAAUCCUGUUUUAAAGCUACCCAAGUUGGUGGCCAUUCCAUUGUUUUAACUGUCUGCUGCGUGAAAAAGUCCUCCCAUUUGCCAUCUUACUGCCCUUUCACCCUUUGGGAGCUCUUCAGAGUCCCUUUUUGUUUUCACUACCCCAAAUAAUUUGAUGUCAUUACCUGGUGUCCAUUGCUACCUCUUGUAGGAGCAAAUUAACUCGUGCUGUGCAGUGUCUUCCAAUGUUCAGUUUGAUAGGAUGGCCUCAAGUUCUAGUAUUACGAGAGGGGGAGAAACAUGUACCGUUUCUCCGUGCAGUGCAUCACUUUAUAUGCCUCUGUCAUGUCUCUCUUCCCCUCCCCCCCACCUGUUCUCUAAAUUCUCAGUCCCAGGCUAUGGUCUGAAGGCACAUGAAGCCAGCACCCUGCUGUCAGGUCUGGUCAGUGCCUGGAUGGGAGACCGCCUGGGAACCGUAUGUAAGCCACCUUGGGUUUCUAUGAUGAAAAGAAAUUAAAAUGUCCUUUUCCUGAUGAGGAGAGUUGCUCCAACCUCUUGGUCAUCUUGGUUGCCCUUUUCUGAACCUUUUCCAGCUCUACAGGGAUCCUUUAUGGGUUCCUCAUCCCUGUGCUAUAAAGCACCUGGCCUUGUUCUAAAGGACCCAGAAAUGGGAUCUUGUCUGCGAAUUCUUCACCUUGUGAUUGCAGCUGGCAGUUGAACACUUGGGUGAGUGAACAGACUCGGCUGCUUUCCCUAAAGGGCCACUGGGCCAGUUUGUGGUAUUGCCUCCCUGAUGUGCUUUGAUGACUCCUAGGAAUAGUUCUGCAGGGAGUAGGAAUGUGAAAAGGCCAGAGGCACCAAAGCAGUUGCUUUUCUUCACUGUGAGAAUAAUUGGUUUUGGAGCUGGAUCAAGCAGCCAUGCUUCUAUGCAUAAUAA